GUAAUCGUCUUUGGACACGAAAAUCCUUGAACUGCAUUAGUAGUAUUUAGGUUUUUGGAAUAACAAGUGCAAGUGUUAUAAAGUGUGAAUAUGUCGUUAAAAAAAGUUCCUAAAUUUUUACUGGAUAACUGGAGUGGGCUCGCAAAGCUUAAUGUAUAUAAUGGCACCAAACAAGUACAAAAAAGGGGUAUUUACACCCUGGAUCCCAUAAACCCCCAAGAACCAACUUUCAGCAAAAUACUCAUAGCAAACAGAGGAGAAAUAGCAUGUAGAGUAAUCAACACCGCCAAAAGAAUGGCAAUAAAAAGUAUAGCUGUAUAUUCAAUAGCAGAUUCACAAUCGAGACAUGUUAAGUUGGCAGAUGAGGGAGUUUUCAUAGGCCCAGCUCCGGCGGCUGAGUCCUAUUUGGUUAUGUCGAAAAUAAUGGAUGCGAUUAAAAAAACAAAGGCUGAAGCUGUUCAUCCUGGAUACGGGUUUUUGUCUGAAAAUGCUACAUUUGUUGGUAUGUUGGAGGACGAGAAUGUAGCUUUCAUAGGUCCAUCAGCGAAAUGCAUCACCGGAAUGGGUGAUAAACUUGAAUCCAAGAGACUGGCGAUGGCGGCCGGCGUUAAUACCAUUCCCGGGUUUGAUGGUGUUGUGAAGGAUGCAGAUCAUUGCGUCGAAAUUUCGAAAAGUAUCGGUUAUCCGGUGAUGAUUAAGGCGUCGGCUGGCGGAGGCGGCAAAGGAAUGCGAAUAGCCAGGAACGACGAGGAUGCAAGGGAAGGAUUUAAGCUAUCAACGCAAGAAGCCCUUUCAAGUUUUGGCGACAGCCGUAUGCUGGUGGAAAAAUUUAUCGACAAUCCCAGACAUAUCGAAAUACAAGUAUUAGGUGAUAAACAUGGUAACGUGAUAUAUUUGAAUGAAAGGGAAUGCAGUAUACAAAGAAGAAAUCAGAAAGUAAUCGAAGAAGCACCAAGUAUAUUUUUGGAUCCAGAAACGAGGAAAUCCAUGGGAGAACAAGCUGUAAACCUUUGCAAACAACUGGGCUACUCUUCAGCAGGAACGGUAGAGUUUUUAGUGGACGAAAACCGAAAUUUCUAUUUUCUCGAAAUGAACACAAGACUUCAAGUAGAACAUCCCAUAACAGAAUGCAUAACGGGUGUAGACCUUGUCCAACAAAUGAUACGUGUAGCAAAAGGUCACAAGUUAAACAUCAAACAAGAUGAUGUUAAAAUAAAUGGAUGGGCUAUUGAAAGUAGAGUGUAUGCUGAAGAUCCAUACAAGAGUUUUGGAUUGCCCAGUAUAGGAAGACUACAUAAAUAUAUAGAACCAAAUAAAUUUGAUGGUGUGAGGUGUGAUAGCGGGAUAGAGGAGGGAAGUGAAAUUAGUAUGUACUACGAUCCAAUGAUUUGUAAAUUAGUUUGCUAUGGCAAAACCAGAGAGGAAGCCAUUGAUAGAAGUAUUACAGCUUUAGAUUCCUAUGUAAUUAGAGGUGUAACUCAUAAUAUACCACUUCUUAGGGACAUACUAACAGAAGAAAACUUCAUCAAAGGAGAUAUCAGUACAAACUACCUACCAAAAAUUUACCCAGACGGCUUCAAAGGUAUACAACUAAACAAAAGCGAUAAAAACAAACUAUUUGCAUUAUCGUCAGCCCUAUAUGCUAUCAACGAGUUGCGAAGCAGAAAUUUCCUCAAUGGACCCCAAAUUAAAAUCCACAAAGGAACGAAGGAUAAGUGGAAUCUAAAUGUAAUGGUAAAUGAAGAAAAUGUGGAUGUGCAGGUUCAUCAAACUAAUGGUAAAUUAAAGAUAACGAUUAAGGAUGAUGUCUAUGAAAUCAAUAAAAAGGAUCUAAACUUAGCUAGUAGUAUUAUCAGGACUGAAAUUAAUGGAGAGCCGGUUGUUAUGCAACUUUUUUCCAAGAAUGCAGCAGGGGAAUUGCAAAUAGUAUAUAAAGGUACAAAUUUCAAAGUAAAGAUUUUGUCAAGAAAAUCUUCAGAAUUAUUGCACCUAAUGCCUGAGAAACCCAAACUAGAUGUUUCUAAAUUGGUAAAAUCACCAAUGCCUGGUUUAGUUAAAGGUGUGUCUUGUAAUGUUGGUGAUAUGGUAGCUGAAGGACAAGAAUUGUGUAUAAUAGAGGCUAUGAAGAUGCAAAACUCCAUGGUGGCAGCUACAACUGGAAAAAUAAAGACAAUAAAUAUAAAAGCCGGAGAUACUGUGGGAGAAGACGACGUUUUAGUUGAAUUGGAAUGAAAAUUUUAAUAUAUUUUUAUAUUUUUUAUAUUGUGCAAUAAAAUGUUUUAGUCCGUUU